AUGUCCAAUGCAUCCUAUAAAUUUAAAUGCAAACAUCAGUUUCUCAAUGUCCUUUGUCUUACCAUUAGCAUUGACAUCCCCUUAGCAUCUUUGCCUAAAAGAAAAAUGGCCUCAACUGUAGUACCAAAUAUGAGUUUCUAUGCCCACACUUCACCUACUAGAAUAAACAAAUUCUCCAGUGUCAAAUUGCUACCAUUGUCAAGCACAGGGAAUAGAACUUUCUGCAAUAAUGUAAAGGCUAAGGCAGGAGGUGAAGCAAGUUUGCAGAAGUUAAAGCAGCAGCAGCAGCAGCAAUUGCAGCCAAAGAUGAGGGUGCCACAAGCUUCACCUAAAGUGCUGUUGAACCAAUUUCCAGUAGCAAGGACUGUGCAGCAAAUGAUGGACACAAUGGAGAGGAUGGUGGAGAAUCCCUUAGUUUAUGAUAGCACUUCACCUUGGAUAGUUGCAGGAGACGAUGAAUACAGUAAGGGAAAGAUUCCUUGGGCAAUAAAGGAAGGCCAGAAAGAUUACAGAAUGAGAUUCAACAUGCCAGGAAUGAACAAGGAUGACGUCAAGAUAUGGGUAGAGGAGAACAUGCUGGUGGUGAAGGCCGAGAAGACACUUAGAGAGCACCAUGAAGCUCAAGCAAACAGUAAUGAAGAAAUAAGUACAAAAUAUGAAGAAGAUUGGCCUGCCAAUAGCUAUGGUAGAUAUAACCAUAGAAUAGCCCUCCCAGAAAACAUUGAGUUUGAUAAGAUUAAGGCACAGGUCAAAGAUGGAAUUCUUCAUGUAACAAUUCCCAAAGCCAACACCUCCGCAAAAGUAAUUAACAUAGAUGUACAAUAACUCUAAGCUAAAAAUUAAGUUUGUGUUCACCACUACAUAGUUUAUGUCAUCUAAUUUCUGACAUGAAGGAUAAAAUGAAACCUUAUUUUUAUUU